UGCGGUAAUAAUUUAAUAAUUUUACCAUAUUUGGGCCACAGAUAAAAAUAAUACUUACAAAGCAAACUUUCAAAACGCAUCCAAACGCGCGUAAGUGAGCUGCAAGAUAAGCAUGAUGAAUAUAAAGUAAGAUAGAGGGGUUGGUGCAUCUGGAGUGCUAGAUAGGGCUAAGCGCAGGCGGCUGGCGGACAGCUAAGCGUUGCUGUGUGUAUGUAGAACAGGACCCUCCUGUUCACACACUGGCGGUGAUGGCGGACUUCGACAACUACGACGACCGGGCUUUCGGUGGAAGCCGGGGCGGCCGAGGACCUCGCAGGGACGCGCCCAGCGGGGCCUCCCGUAAGAAGGAUUUGCCGACGGACCCUCCGUUCACGGCCUACGUGGGCAACCUUCCCUUCAAGACGGUGCAGGGGGACAUCGACAACAUAUUCAAGGACCUCAGCGUCCGCAGCGUUCGCCUGGUCAGAGACAAAGAGACGGACAAGUUCAAAGGUUUUUGUUACGUGGAGUUUGAGGACUUGGAGUCACUGAAGGAAGCCCUUGCAUAUGAUGGAGCGCUCCUGGAAGACAGGUCGCUCAGGGUGGACAUUGCCGAGGGCCGGAGGCAGGAGAGAGGAGCCGGCGGCUUUGGCUUCAGGAAAGACGACAGAGGAGGAGGUGGCGGAGGAGGAGGAGGUGGAGGCUCACGAGGACCGCCGAGAGGAGGCCGGGACGACUUUGAGAACUCAGGAGGAGGCUUUAGAGAGGACAACUUCAUGGGGGAGCGGGGUCGAGGAGCCGGUGGCCCCGGUGACCGGAGGGGAGGAGCAGCACCCGGUGGGGGCAUGGGUCGCUUUAGAGACGGACCUCCUCGCGGAGGACCCCCAACAGACGACUUCAGAGAACCUUCAGAUGAGGAGCGUGCUCAGAGGCCCCGCCUCCAGCUGAAGCCGCGCACCGUGGCUGGCCCGCUGAACCAGGUGGCCAACCCCCACUCAGCCAUCUUCGGCGGGGCCAAGCCCAGAGAGGAGGCUGACGAAUAACCUUCAUUAUUCUGGAAGCAAGCCCGGAUCCACUUCUCCACAACAAAAAUCUUUCAAAGAGUCCACUCCCCCCCCCCCCCCUCCUUCCCCCCCACUCCCUCUCCCCCCCCCCCUUAAAAAGAGAGCUGGCUGGCUCGGUCAGCCAUUGGUCCCCCUCCUCCAUGUGGCUUUAUUCCAAGCAGCUGAUUGGUUAAAGCUGCUGUAGGGGGUGGGUCUUCAGCGAGGCCCUGCCCAGAGUUACCAGCUCCUCUGUUUGAAAGAUUUUUGAGCUCGGGUGUCCUGGCUUCCUGGAAUAAUGUGGUGUCACUGUGAGGGCGCCUAGCAGCAGCCACCACAGGCACACCUCUCUCCACCAACAGAUGCUCCGCUGGCCUCACUAACGACCAGCAUCACGCUCCCCCAUAGACCAACUCUAGAUGCUUUCUGAACAUUUUGUGUGUUGCAAGAACCAUUUUUAUUUGACGUUUUACUGGAAACGAGAUUGGGAACGUGAAACCUUUUCUUACUGUACUAUAGAAAGAACAGCUGUUUUUAUUAUUUUGGGUUAAGUUGUUUCCUACACGGUUUAUGGCAAUAAAAAUGUACCAUCUGACAUUAUUAAGAAUGUGUUUACAUUUUGGGAAGCGUUGACGUUGUAUGAAGUUUCCUUCAAAAUGAAGCGGAAGUCGAGAAUAAAGUUUUUCUGUACAUCA